GAUAAGUUGCAAAAACUUUAUUUUUAGAACUUUUGGGUAUUGAUUCUACACUAUUUAGUGGACUCCACAAUUACAUACACAUAUACAAUAUAUACAUACACACAUAUUCAUAUUUAGAACUCCAAUGGAUAGAACCCGCAGUGGAGAUGCUCUUAAAUUUUAAUUUUAGUUUUUUGUUUGAUUAUUUUACCAAUUCUCCCAUUUUUCUAUCUAACAAGAGAGCAUGCGCAAGUACUUAUUUUUUUCCUACUUACGCACGAGUUUGGGGCUAUAAGCUGAGUACUCACACUUAAUGGGCUAUAUACUACAUGCAGUAUUAUUUACCUGUGAUAUGGGUUUGGAUUGGCAUGUUAUUAGGCUCUUACCAGGAUAUUCAGUUGUUUUUUAUAUGAUUCAUUAUUACUAUGUUGGCUUUCUGUUUUUAAGUUACCGGAAGAAUCUAGGGUCCAAGUCUAUAAAAACUUGCAGUCGUUAUGUGAAUUCUGCAGUGACGUAGAAAAUCUUUUAUAUCAGUUUAAACAUUUGAUAUAUCUUUUAUUAUAAGGAAAAUUGUGAAAACUGUUUACCGAAAACUUCAGAAUAUCCAAAUGAUUAAUAGAAUGUCAAUCACCUUCAACUUAAAAACAAGAGGGAAUGGGCGAUGGAUGAUAUGAAAACUAUUGAGAGGGGUCAAAAAUGGUUUGGAGCUAUAUUCAUUAAGGAGUGGAGCCCAUUAGUAGUCCAUUAAACCUACCAUUCAUCAUUAUGAUGUUGAGUCUCUUUAUUAUCAUCAUGGAUGGCAUCACCAUAUUUCAACCUUCCUAGGGGCGGAGUUAGAUUGUUAUCUUUAGGUUAACGUUUUUAAUAAUUUUAAUGUUUAAACUAGUUAUAAAAGCGAGAGAAAAUUAUGUGGACUGAGCUAAUAAAAAAUUAUAUGUAAACCAAUUGUAACUAUUCUUUUACCAAAUUUUUGUAACUAAUUCCUUUCAAUCCAAAAUAAGUGUCGGUUAGGUUUCACAUUUUUAAUAUAAAUUAAAAACAUGUCGAAUGGUUUCAUUUUGACUUGAAAAGUUAAAUUAGAUCUCAUCUAUUAAAUUUAUAUAUUUAGAUUUUAAAACAGGAAAAAUACUAUAACGAGAAUUAAUUUGAAGUGAAAAUAAUAGUAGAUUAAAAAAUAAUAUGCCUACAACGAUUUUAACCUAUCACUCCCAUACACAAACAUGCCCUACGCAACGCUCCUACAUAAUGUGACUUACGUCUCCCAUAAAUUAAACUCCCCUUCUAACAAAACAUUUCCUCACACAUUGCUGUAAACCAUUAAUAUCUCUGUUGACGUUUUCAAAUUUUUAUUGUUCAGUCAAAUAAAUACUUAUCUGUCUUAAUUUGAUAUACUCUCUCUGUUUUUUUUUAUCGUAAAUAGUUUAAUUAAAAUUUGUUUGUUUCAAAAUAUAAAUAGUUUUCAUAAUUUUAAAUAAUUUUUAAUUUUAUUGGGUAUAUUGUUACCGAUCAAACAAUAUAUUCUUUAUUUAUGAUUGGUCUAAGUACACUUAAUCUAUAUUUCAAAUGCUAUUUUUGAAAAAAUUAAUAACUUUCUUAAUAUUUGUACAUUCAUCUAAAACUACUUACAAUAAAAAAAAGAAGGAAAUAUACAUCAUCCACGAUAAAGAUAAAGUUUCCAAUGUUUUUAAACAUAUAUCAUAGCUGAGAAUAUUUUUCUAUAAAAAUACUCAUUUUUCUAUCUAAAAUUUUACUCGUUACUAAAAGCUAACGGUGCGCCAAGAUUUUUUUUUUUUGGUUAAUGGCGAUAAGAAUGUUUUUAGAAUUUUAGUUGUAAAAGACGACGCACGCUGCUAGAGACAACGAUACUUAACAAUGCUGUGAUAAGAGUUAGCGAUUCCAUUACAAUUAUGAAUAUUUGAUUAUAGUUAACUGUUUCAAGCAUAAUAUGAGUAAUUUGUCUCAGACUUUAUGGAUAAUAAGGAUUUAGUUUACAUAGUAUGCGUAAUUUUCGUUGACUUGGACAAUGUAGGUACAUAUCGAUCACGUCUGCAACUUGUUAACGACACCCACAAGGGACACAUGAUCAACGCCGAAACACUACACAAAUAUGUAAGCUUCCAAGUAAUUCGCGUUUUGUUAUUGGAAUCAUCCCGUCUAGUGUUGCGUGUUUUUAUUGACUCCAACUUGUACGGACAUUAAUUAAGUCCACUCCAACUUGUCGCAUAUUUUUAACAAAAACUAAUCCAUAUACACGUUCAACAUAAUGAAAUUCAUUGACCUAAAUAACCACCAUAAGUAAGACUUAUAUGUACAAAGUAAUACGCCACAAAUACUGUUUGCUUAUGCAUAUCGAAUAUAUUUGUAAUACUUGUUUUUUAUAAGAUGAUACGCAUAUGAAAAUAUUUUCAAUAUUUUAUUUUUAGGAUUAGCAACUAAAUUUUCAAGCCAUGUCAGGGGAAUAUGGUUGUGGGCAUGUCACUUCAAUAUUCUUUAAAUCAUGGGACUAGGUUUUUAUACGGUUAUGCUAAGCCAAUUUUGGAUUAGUCCCUAAGAUUCUUAUCUUUCAUGUUUACAGCGGACAAAAUAAACCGUAUAUAGAAGUCAAUUUUUUACUUCAACCAAAGCAAGGAUCAAUUUCAUUCAACAGUACCGGAUAGUAUUGUCGUUUUUGGAUCGCUUACCAAACACUAUUGUCAUCCGAGUCAAAAGUACGACAUAUAAAAUUGGAUAACAUUUGAAAAUGUUGUUAAAACUACAAAUCUCGAGCUGUUUUGUUUUUAUUUAGAAGGGAAGGGAGACAAAGGAAGUAAUGUAAAAUUGAAGUGGAGGGGUUGAAGAAGGGUCCUACGUUAUGGAGGAGGUGAAGCAAAUUGGUCCAUAUAGUGUCUCUCCUAGGACAUUCUUGAGGAUCGGAGCAACGUGAACGUCACGUUAGUUGGCACUCAAUUUGAAUAUAGGACCCAAAUUAUUUAUCAGAAAACAACAAAAUUAACUAUUUAUACAUUGGCAAUACUAUAAAACCCACUCCAUGGAAAUUCACAUCGUGGCUAUUGAUUUUAUAUACAUAUACUUUGCAUACACAUAAUAUAUGACAUUGUCACUGUGGGACAUAUAUGCGUUUGGGCAUUCACGUGCUCACUCUUCUCUUACAUCCCUAGUCAUUUAUUUCUUAAAAUUUGGAUCAUUCGCGCCACACUAUAUUAUUUCAUGAAACAAGUGCAUUUUUAUUUUUUAAUCAAAUUACUAAAGUUAAACCAGUAAACCCUAAUUUGAAUAGUAUGCCAUGUAUCAAUCUCCAUAAAUAUACUAAUUUACCGUCAUACCAAUGCUUUUAAAAUCUUCAUAACUAGAGACCCAGUUCAACUGUAUAUUGCUUGUUUGUUUUCCCUUCCCCUCAAAACAUUAUAAAUAUUUUCAGUAAAAAAACAUUAUAUAUAAUCUUAAUCCAAUAUUUAAUUUGUGGAAAUCAUGUUUCAGUGCUGAUUUAUCUCAUUUGUCAACUUUAAAAUUAAUUAUACGUACUAAAAACAUAAUGCUAACCAUAGUAGUUUUAUGCUUUGGGAUUUGCACCCCUUUUGGAAUUAUACAGCAUCUUGUCUUCACUUCUUGUUGUUCGGCUUAAAGGUCACAAAGCGCAUCAAAGAAUCAGAUCAAAGCAAGGUCUUGUCGGAAGAUAUACAUAUGGACCCAUUUUUGUUGCAUCUCAAGAUCAUAUAAGGACCCUAUAUAAUCCCUCUUUGUUCCUUGUUAGUGUUUUUUUUAAAGGAUUUUUUUUUGGAACGACAUUUUCCCCUCAUUGUUAGUUAUGGUCGAUUUUUAGUAGUCACUUGAUUAGUUUUUUAAAUGUUCUAAAAAUCGCUAGGCUAACUAGGCGCUUUAUAGAGGACUAGCGACUAGGCGGAUUAUUCAGGGCCUAGGCGAAGCUUAGACGUUAGUAAAUUAUUGUUUUAUUUUAUAUAUUUUAUACAUUUAUAUGACAUAUUUUAAUUUUAAAGUUUAAUUAUAAAAUUAUUGUGAUGAAUUAUAGAAAUUAGAUAUACAAAACAGAAGAAAAUAGAUAAAUUUGUAGAUUUGUAAUAAUAUUAUUGCUUAAUUUAACAUUUAUAGACAAUUUUAUAUCGAUUUUAACCAAUUUAAACCGAUUUUGAACAGUUUAAACUAAUUUGAAUCAUAUAAAUCGGUAUAAAUCAGAUUUUAAGAAAAUCAUUUCGGAUAUGAUCGAGUUGCCGCCUAAACCGAUUUUUAGAACCAAAUUUUUCUUCUUGUUAUUUUAUUAGUUUUUUCCAGUUAAAAACAUUGCACCGAAUUGUAAUCUACUGUUGUGUUAGUGUUACAAAACAAUGAUACUAACACAACAAUAGAUUUAAUGUGAUAAUCUAAUCAUUUCUUGAAUGGUAAACAAAUAUAAUAUAACAUAGAAACUUAUAAAAGUUAUCAUAGCACCGCUACGUGCAACGUGCACGCGUGAUAAAACCUUUCAAAUUUGAUUAGUAUGUACAAUUUUAUUUAUGUUAAUAGUAGUGUAGUAUACUUGUCUAUUGUGAUUUCCAUCAUAUUUUAUAGAUUUUAGUCUCCUAAAAUUGUGAAAUAUAUACAUUGAACCAACUAUAACUUCUUAGAGGUCAAAGUACUAACUUUGAAGUCAGCCGAUAUUUGAAAUGUAGUGAAGAAACAAGAAUAUCAAUAUUACAUCAAUGUAGUUUGACAAAUGAUACAUAUGCGUGCCUCCAGCCGAAGAAAAUUCUUGGCAAGCUAUUAAAUGUUUUGAUUCGGACCAAAGUUUGACUAAAUUGACAUAUAAUCAAUGAAUUAUCAAACUUAACAAACAUAUAUUUGGAAAUUCCGGUCACUCCAGAAGGCAAAUCGUACAAUAACACUUUUCAAAGAGUCAAAAACUUGUCGCGAAAUACUUCUUUUUAUAAUUUACAAACUCUGAACGUCAAAAAGUGAGAAAUGAAGCAUCGUAUGAAGAUGCGAAUGAACACCCGAGUAUUAAAAUAUUGAAAAAAUAUACACAGAGGACUUCAAGAAAUCGAAUAUUAAUCGACCUCUUGUUAACAUUCUGUUCUAGAAUCAAAUAUAUAUCACAUAUUACUCUUAGUUUAAAAUACAGUACUAAGUACUAACUAAUUACUUUCCUAAUGCAGUUAUGAAAUGUCAAUAUUUUCUAAUUUAGAAAUUUUGUUAUAAUAAGGUAUUUGUAAACAUGAAAUAUUAUAUGGGUCAGGAACAUUCGAGUUACUUUCAAACUAUAUCAUAUAUCAGUAAUUUAAACCGCAUCGUUCUUUUUUUUUUACAAAGAAAAUAUUUUAUUCUGUGGAUUUCUAAUCAAACCGCAUGAAAAAUCUUUUUUUGUCUGUAUUGGUUUUUAAUCUUUUUUUUUUUUGUCGUCAACCUCUGUAUUGGUUUUUAAUCAAUGAAAAGAAAAUAUAGUUUUUCUGUAAAUCUUUGAUAUAUUCGCUAAGAAAAAAAAUAAAACCCGAUAGGGGAUCCCAUCAUGUUACAUUUCGCCUUUGAUAUUUUUCCAAGGACAAAGCAAACUAUUAUCAUGUUUUUCAUGCAACAUUUAUCACACGUUGAAGAGUUCAUUUUUACUAAUACCGUUAACGACUUGACGUGUUGAUUAGAAAAAAGUUUGUUGAAUGAGCUGUAGCGAACAAAAGAUCAUAUAAAUGUUGCACAAAACAUUUAAUUAUGAGAAAAUAAAGAAAAUAUGGAGAUAAGGAGGUGUAAUAAGAAUUUCAUGAAACAUAACAUUUCAUAAUAAAUAAGUUUUAUUAUGUUCUUCUUUUAAUGGAAAUUAAAAACUGUAAUAACACCAUAAGUUUUGUAGGAGAGAUUCUUUAAGUUUAUGGACUCUCUAUACAAUUGUUCUUAAUCAUCUUUAUGGAAUGACAGAAAGGUAAUCAUUUGAAAACUUAAAAAUAAAAGUGCGUAAUGUAUUGAACUGGUUUCAUAAUUAAGGUGUGGUAAUCACAAUAUGCUUACAAUGGGACACUGAUUCUUAAUCAGGGAGCUACAAACUAAUGGCGCGUUUACUGAACAUUUAACUAGGUUUUUUAACAUGUAACUAAGUUGUUGAACAAUACUAGUUUUAAUUUAAUAUUCAUUAUUGUUUUUAGCAUGUUACCAGCUGAAACAAUAUAAAAACAAUUAUAAUUCAUAAAUUAUAAAGUAAAACAAAAGUAACAAAAAAUGAAAAGAGAAUAUCUUUUAUCAAAAAAAAAAAUGAAAAAUGAAAAGAAGAAGCAAACGCAAUAUAGCCGACAUGUGUUUAAACUUUAAACUGAAAAACAUGUUGCUAGUUAAUGUGAUUCGGCAUCACAAGAAGGACCAAUUUUCCAAUAACGGGAAAUACAAGAUGAGAAUGAGAUAUGAAAUUAGAAAGACGAGUAUAAUUUUCACACCUUAAAAUAGUUAAUUAAUUACUGGUCGGAUAUCCAACUAUAUAUCUUUUUGCCAAAAAUAGGUACUUAUGCCAUUUAUUAGUAAUGGAAUUUACAUGCUUAAGUUGGGCUUAGUAUGUUCCGACACGUUUCCGGCGAGAAAACUAACUAUAUCAGUCGUUCAAAGAUUUCAUGUUCUUCUUGUUCCCAUUGGUUUCAAAACGUUUUAAUUUUGUUUGUACACGUCAUCAUGCAUAAUUGCAUAGUAUUUUUAUUUGGUUAGUGAACAUGUUUACUACAUUUCCUUAAACUCGAUGUAACAUUAUACAUCAUUCCAAUACUUUUUAGCUUCGAAUUGUAGUAUUGUCAAAUUUUAUAGAGAGAAAUAUUUGAAACAUAUAAAUUAGUUUUACAUAAAUAAAUACUCUUUUAAGAUAUAUAAAUAGACUAUUAGUUGAGCGCGAAAUACAAAUACAGCCGACACACGUCACAACAUGUGUGGAUCAUGGAGCAGCGUGGACCAACAUUACAAUAACACGGUCCAAAGGGUUCCUAAAUGCAGCAAUGACAAUUUCACAUGUUCCCCUUUUUGACCAACUCACAUUCCCAGUUCUUAUUAUUUUUAUCUGUUGCCAAUAUAUGUUUUCUUUCUCCAUAGGUCGUCGCCUUAUAUCUCAUUUAACAAGUUGAAUUCUUUUUUUCUUUGAUAAAUCACAAGUUGAAUUCUUGUUACAUCACAUUACUGUUUUUCUCUUCAAUCUACAUAACUAUUUUCAUCCGACAAAAAAAACAUACUAACAGUUUUCAUUAAUUAACCAAAUUAAAUAAUUUUAAUCUAACAGUAAUAUAAGUCAGUAACUUUAAACUCACACAAGCAAAAACAACUUUAGAAGAGAGGCGUAAACCGCUGUGGUAAGCGUAAUAAUAACUCUUGAAGUUGAGCUCGUUUCAGUGAGCAGGGACGGUGGAUGGAAACGCGUGAAUUGAUUAUUAUUCUUUUAAUUCUCUUAAUUAAUUAAAUACAAAAGAAUCGACAUGCGUAAUUUAAUUCAUAUGCUAGGCACACAAUUUCUGUCGUGGCCUUGCAUGAAAACUAUAUAUAAACAUCCACACAUGCCUAGUGACUUCUCGAUCAUAGCUACCUACAACACUCACAAUCCAAUCAAAACACCAACUUUUUUUCUCUCUCUCAAAUCUUCGUUUCCAUAUCUACUUUCCCUCUCUCCAUUUUAUUCUCUUACACUCUCGCUCUCUAGAGCUAAACAAUGGGUCUAUUGUCAAGAAAAGUUACUUGCAACGCUCAUGGCCAAGAUUCUUCGUACUUUUUGGGUUGGGAGGAAUACGAGAAGAACCCUUACGACAACAUCAAGAACCCAGACGGCAUUAUCCAGAUGGGUCUCGCAGAAAAUCAGUUAUCUUUCGAUCUUAUCGAAGCAUGGCUUGUCAAGAACCCCGAAGCGGCAAACUUCGAAAGAGAAGGCCAAUCUAUUUUCCGGGAACUAGCUCUUUUCCAAGACUAUCAUGGCCUGCCUUCCUUCAAGAAGGCCAUGGCGGAUUUCAUGUCGGAAAAUAGAGGAAACCGAGUUUCUUUUGAUCCGAGAAAGCUUGUCCUAACCGCGGGUGCUACUUCGGCUAAUGAAACUCUGAUGUUCUGUCUCGCUGAUCCUGGAGACGCUUUCUUGCUGCCUACUCCAUAUUAUCCAGGAUUUGAUAGGGAUUUGAAAUGGAGAACCGGAGCUGAGAUCGUACCGAUCCAGUGCACAAGUGCAAACGGAUUCCGCAUCACUAAAUCCGCACUCGAAGAAGCCUACGAGCAAGCUCAAAAGCUUAACCUAAAAGUUAAAGGAGUCCUUAUAACCAACCCAUCUAACCCGUUGGGUACUACGACAACACGAACCGAACUAAACCAUCUCUUAGACUUCGUGUCACGUAAGAAUAUACAUUUGAUAAGCGACGAGAUCUACUCGGGUACCGUUUUCACUUCUCCUGGAUUCAUCAGCGUCAUGGAAGUCCUCAAAGAGAAAAAGCUCGAAAACACCGAUGUUUCUAAACGUGUCCACAUCGUUUACAGUUUGUCUAAGGAUCUAGGCCUGCCUGGUUUUCGCGUUGGAGUUAUUUACUCUAACGAUGAUAUUGUUGUCGACGCAGCGACAAAAAUGUCCAGUUUCGGUCUAAUCUCUUCUCAAACGCAAUACCUCUUAUCAGCAUUGUUAUCCGACAAAAACUUCACCAAGAACUACCUCAAAGAGAACCAAAUCCGACUCAAAAAGCGUCACAUGAAGCUCGUGUCGGGUCUAGAGGCUGCGGGCAUCAAGUGUCUCAAGAGCAACGCCGGACUCUUUUGUUGGGUCGACAUGAGACACCUGCUGAGUUCUAACACGUUUGAAGCCGAGAUUGAGCUAUGGAAAAAGAUCGUAUACGAGGUUAAGCUUAACAUCUCUCCCGGUUCUUCAUGCCAUUGCAACGAGCCGGGUUGGUUUAGGGUUUGUUUCGCGAAUAUGAGCGAGGAAACACUAAAGGUUGCGAUGAAUAGAUUGAAGAUGUUCGUUGAUGGACCGUCAUCUAGUACAAGAAGUCAAAGUGAACAUCAAAGACUGAAGAGUUUAAGGAAGAUGAAAGUCUCUAACUGGGUUUUCCGGCUAUCGUUUCAGGAUCGAGAGCCCGAGGAACGAUAGUCUGGUUUUUUCAUUUAAUCAAAGUGUAAUAAAUAUGAUUUUUAGGUCACUAUUUAUAUGUGAUUGUCCGUCAUAUGUAUUUUUAUCAUAAUUUUAUAUUUUGGUAUA